AUGUUUCGACGGACUACAUUUUCGCUAAAACCCAAUGUAGUCAUUGUAGGUACAGGAUGGGCGGCCUGUUAUACGGCUCAUCGACUGAAUCCCUCAAUAUGUAAUAUUCAGGUCCUUUCGACUCGCAACCACAUGGUCUUCACUCCACUCUUGGCGCAUACGACAACUGGAACGCUUGAAUUUCGCGCGGUUUGCGAACCCAUCACCAAUAUCCAGCCAGCCUUGGUAAAUCUCCCACAUCGUUUUUAUCGUUGUAUGGUAUACGACGUGGAUUUUGAUGCAAAUAUUGUGAAAUGCGUGGGGUUGGGCGUUCCCGGCACCACAGAGAAACUUCCCGUACACACUUUUAAUGUCAAAUACGAUUAUUUACUCCUCGCCCAUGGCUCACGCCCCAACACGUUCAACACCCCAGGUGUAACCGACAAGGCUUUUUUUCUUCGCGAGGUCAACGAGGCGCGUGGCAUUCGUAAGCGCCUUGUGCAGAACAUUAUGGCAGCGGACCUCCCGACAGUCCCGAUCGAGGAAACGAAGCGCCUUCUGCACACCGUAGUCGUCGGUGGGGGGCCGACAGGGAUCGAAUUCGCCACCAACCUCGCCGAAUUCUUCCGCAAGGAUAUCGUCCGGCUGAAUCGGCACCUCCAAAAAUACUGCAAGGUGACGGUGCUCGAGGCGAAUGAGGUGCUAGGGACCUUUGACCAGACGCUGCGGAACUACGGGCAUCGGCGGCUGGCGGAGUUGGGGAUCAACAUCGUCAACACUGCCGUGGUGGAGGUGACGGAACGGGGGGUGGUCACCACCAGCGGGGAGACCCUGGAAAGUGGACUGGUCGUCUGGAGCACCGGCGUGGGGCCGACUAUGCUGACCCUAUCCCUCCAGUGUGAUAAGACGAAGCAGCAGCGCAUCUCGGUCGACGAAAACCUACGCGUGCUCCGUGACGGGAAGGCGAUUCCAAAUGUGUUCGCCGCCGGGGACUCCGCGGCGAAUGUGACGGCGCCGCUGCCUACGCUUGCGGCCGUCGCGAGACGCCAAGGGGCCUACCUUGGAAAGCAAUUGAACCAUCUAAUCACGAAGAAAACAAUGACUCAAUCCUUUGAGUACAAAGACUUGGGCAGCAUGGUGGCUUUGGGCGACGCAAGCGCGAUUGUUUCCCUUGGAUCGAAGCGUAAAAUUGGUAUUCAGGGUCUCAAAGCUUUAUGGGUUUGGAAAAGUGCCUACCUCAGCAUGAUUGGCUCUUUCCGAAACAAGCUUUAUAUCUUCAUCAAUUGGUGUGGUAGCCAUUUAUUCAGUCGUGAUAUCACGUACAUCGGCGAUCUUAGCGAAGAUCGUCUAUACAAAAUAUUGGCUGGCCAUGAGAUGUCACGAACAAAGAACCGUCCACAAGCAACCGAAGUGCUGAAAGGGAUGACAGCAACACAAACGUUUACACCUGAACUCCUGGAGAAGGCUGUAAGUAAUGGCUAUAUUACACAGGAUGAUAUUCGUGAAAUGAAUAUUUCACCAGCAGAUAUGGCAAAUAAAAAAACAUAA